CACCCCUGGUGGGGAACUUGCCUUUGUGACGGCAAUGAUACUUGAUAGUCUGGCACUUCGGGAUAGAGUACGCUGGUAUAGUAGUAUGGUAGGUAAAAAGCUAUCUUUGAAAAAGCUAUUGGGUUUGCUCAGAGAAGCAGGAGUGCAAAAUGUCCGCACCACGCAGUUUGCUCAGGGUCGCACCACUCGUUGGGGCAUCGCUUGGAGCUUCUCUCAGGCAGGACUGGCGGAAGUGAAAGGGGCUGGGGCUAGCGCUCACAAAGUGUUCGGGAAAAGAAAGAUGGUCAAGAAGCGGGAGACUUCUUUCUCA